CCGCCGAGUCGCCGGAGGCUCCUCCCCUUUAAGGAAUCGGGGCGGGGCCUCGCUUGCUGCAGAAACCUGCCCUUUAAGAGUGAUCUUCUUUUCCUCGCUGUUGCCAGUGGCCGAAGCCGCCACCCUCGUCCCCGCUGGCCACCGGAGGAGCCUCGGCCUCGCCAUGGUGUCCUGGAUCAUCUCUCGACUGGUGGUCUUGGUCUUUGGCACAUUGUACCCUGCCUAUUCUUCCUACAAGGCCGUGAAGACGAAAAAUGUGAAGGAAUAUGUCAAGUGGAUGAUGUAUUGGAUUGUGUUUGCCUUCUUCACUACAGCAGAGACACUCACAGAUAUUAUUCUCUCUUGGUUUCCUUUUUAUUUCGAGUUGAAAAUCGCAUUUGUGAUCUGGCUGCUCUCUCCCUACACCAAGGGCUCCAGCGUUCUCUACAGGAAGUUUGUUCACCCAACGCUCUCCAAUAAGGAGAAGGAAAUUGAUGAGUACAUCAGCCAGGCCCGUGACAAGAGUUAUGAAACUAUGAUGAGAGUUGGCAAGCGAGGAUUAAAUUUGGCAGCCAAUGCAGCAGUUACUGCAGCUGCAAAGGGCCAAGGAGUUUUAUCUGAAAAGCUACGGAGUUUCAGUAUGCAGGAUCUGACCUUGAUCCGGGAUGAUGACACUGUGCAUUUAAGGAGCCCUGAACCACGCUUGCAUACUUCUGCUACUGGCCUUCUUGAAACAGUUGAUGAUUCAGGUACUUCCUGCUAUUCCUCAGCAGAUGAGGUGUCUGGAUCUCAAAAACAUAAUGGGACCCAGUCUGAUGCCAGAACGGACCCAUCAGAUGAUGAUGCAGACAAAGCUCCCAAGCGGACACAGAGCCUUAAAGUUCCUAAAAAAGUGACAAAGACUGAGCCCCCACAAAAGACUGUGAAAGCUCGUCCUAAGAAGAAAGCUACCGGCUCUAGUACUGCUGGCGAGUCAGCGUAACGACACCCUAGCCUGUCUGUCCCAGAGUUCUUCUGUCUCUUUGAGGGGCACUCUACAAGGAAAAGGAAGCGGAAAUCAUGUACAUAACAGCUACUGCUUUGUAGAGCUCAUUCAAAGUCGAGAGGGUGACUGAAAUUUGGCACACAGAUCAGAGGAUGGCCAUCCUCAGGAAUUAUUAAGUUUUCAUCCUUGUGAUGAAGAAAAACGCUAAUCUGUCUGUAUAUAGCCUGUUGCUUUGGGAUUCCCUCUCUGUGUAACCCUAAUAGGGAAAGUCUUUGCUGGAGCCACUCUUUAAUUAGGGUUAGAGCCAUCUUUAGCAGAGAGGUGGGGAAAAAAUCAAGACUGGUGCUGCUGAAAUUCCAGUUGGAGGAGGGGAGCAUCCUGCAGUAUUUCAGUAUUUCACUGGAUGUCCAUGCUGUAGCUGCUGUGUGGAGUGGUUAGGAAGUGCCUGAAGCAAAGUGACUGUUACUGAAAAAUGAAUCACCCGUACUAGUUUUGGCUAGAAAAGGACUGAAGUGAUGGCUUGCUUGGUGCUUUGCUACAUGGGCAGUGGCUCACUUUUAAUGGCUGAGGUAAUGAGUCAAGGGGGGGGGGAGAAAGGGGCUUGGUGGGGAACUGUAGGUUUUGUGGACGGGGUUGAAGGUAAGAAUGCAAGUAGCUGCCUGCUUUACCAGUGUCUGGUACCUGUUUCCAAGCAGCCUCUUUUUUGCUUGGGUGAAGAUGUUGCAGCUUUGCUUUCAUUCAGUUGGGUAGUAAGAAUGGUUUGCAUGUUUGUCCCAAGUAGGAUAGUGUUAGGGAAGAGGGUUAAGAGGAUCUGUGUGGAUAUAUGCCAGUAUUGCUCUGAAGUAUUGCAAUCCUGGAAAGCUGCUCUCCAGCAACUAUAACACUUGGCUUUUCCUCCAGAGUUGCCUUUACGUUUUAGAUUUUCCAGAUCAGUCCAUUUUUGGUAAGAACUGUUGGUAAAAGCAGAAUAAUCUGGAGGAUGGUUGGAUGGCUGAUGUUUAAGGUUCUGCUGGGAAUUUAAAUAUUUUAUUUGCACUAAGAAUAUAAGGCUGGAGCUUGAGCAAUGCAGCCUGGUGAGCAGGCAAAAAUAGCAGGCCAUUUCAGGAGCCUUUGUGAGUGCUGUCUUGCAAUAUGGGGAUACUAUAAAAGAUUCCGUGGCUGCACAAUGAAUAAUGUUACUCAGCUCUCAGGAACUACCCAUUUCUACCAUCUUCCCUUCUUGCUAACUCUAGUUAGUUAGAGGCAAUAUUAUGUAGUGCUUGAAAUCACAUACUGUGUAGUGAAGAUCAGAGCUUUGUUGAUUUUUGUUUAGAAUUUUAAACAAAUGGAUGAAAAAAAUCUUCAACAGCUCUUCUAUUCCAGCCACCUUAACAUAAGACUAUCCUAUUGCAGGGGUACUGAGGAGACGGUAUAUAAUUCUACUACUUUGCAAUCCCUUGUGAUAACAUUCUUCAUAUUCUGAAUGUGCCAAAGCCACCAUCCUUUAAAUGGGAACAAUGUAACAUGUGGGGCCCAAGUUUCAGUAACCCUCACUUAAAUGCACUACAGGUUUAUUCACGAGAUCUGAAAGUGGGUGGCAUUGUGAGAUGAGUUUCAGUGCACAAUGAAAUAGCCGUGUAGUUACUUUGUUCUUUGGAUAAAAUCCUGAUUUUUUUCUCAGCACAGGCUGAUACUCACUGCUUCCUUAAAGAUGUUUUAUUCAAAAGUUGUUCCAUUGAGUCUAAUGGAACGUAGAGGACCACACCUUUAUGCUUAUGCUUAUUUCAGUAGUAACUGUGAAGAGAAGACCCACCAUUAAGAUUGCCUAGGCAUUUUUCUAGAGGACAUUGUCUUAUUUACAAUUCAGUGACAUGUUCAUACUUUUAUACUGUAUUUUGUUCUUAGACACCUGCCAAUUCAGCUUUAGCAAGAAAAAAGAGAACAAUUCACAUUCAUGCCGUUUCCUUUUGGCAGCAGCUGUUUAAUGCCAAAGACUUGGCAAACAAUGAAAGAAAUUUUGUAAUUUGUCAAGGAUGCCAAUCCUGAAUCUCAGAUUAGCCUUUUAGCAGUUGGGAAACUGACUUUGGUUUGCUAAGUGUGAGAAUGUCAAAACAUGUGCUUUUUACACAGCUGAUCACUCUCCUAGUCCUGCUCUGUUAGUCUUGAGUGGUUCUCAUUGAAUGUGGAGCCUCCAUAUAAAACUAUUCCUCUUUCUU